AUGCUGUGCUGAGAAAUGCAGUAGGCGCCGUUCUUCCCAUGGCUUAUUAUCCUUUCCAAAUUCGCGGACCCGGUGCCUUGCCCUUAUCAGCCUUCCUUACCAGCGCACAGCCUUCUUUUCCUGCCGCGCCGACUUUUCCGGACGUCGCGUCCUUCUCCAAAUCUCUGUCAGAGCAGGCACCCCCUGACGCAGGGCUGCACACAGGUCUGGGGUGCCAAAAUGAGGCCGUUCAGCAACGUUCCUUGAAGAGACUUGAGCCAGAAGAAUGGUUGGACGAGGACCCGAAAGUUACGCUGGAAUCAAAGAACUUGUGGAGUGAAUUUCACAAAAUAGGAACUGAAAUGGUUAUCACAAAAUCAGGAAGGAGGAUGUUUCCCUCUUUCAAAGUGCAAGUAGAAGGGCUGAAUGAAACAGCCAAGUACAUCUUGCUGAUGGACAUUGUCGCUGUCGACGACUGUCGCUACAAGUUUCACAACUCCCGCUGGAUGGUGGCUGGAAAAGCUGACCCAGAGAUGCCAAAGCGCAUGUACAUCCACCCGGACAGUCCGUCUAAAGGAGAACAAUGGAUGAGCAAGCCCGUUGCCUUUCAUAAACUCAAACUCACCAAUAACAUGUCCGAUAAACAUGGGUUUACAAUUUUGAAUUCCAUGCACAAGUACCAACCCAGAUUUCAUAUUGUGAAGGCGAAUGACAUAAUGAAGCUUCCUUAUAGCACCUUCCGGACUUAUGUUUUCCCAGAGACAGAGUUCAUCGCUGUUACUGCUUAUCAAAAUGAAAAGAUUACACAACUAAAAAUUGACAACAAUCCCUUUGCCAAAGGAUUCAGAGAUACAGGAAAUGGGAGACGUGAAAAGAGAAAUAAACAGUUAAACAUUUCUUCACUGAAUGGAAACCAAAGCAAAGCAGACCAGGACUUUGCUGAUUCUGAUGAUUCCUAUGAGCAGCCCAGUACCAGUGAGCCUUUUUAUUCCCCACAACUAACGAGCAGCCCUCUGAUGUCCACAUCAACUUGUCAAGACGAGAUCAACGUUGUCAGUGAUUCAGACGUUGAUCCACUAGAUGACUGCAACGCUGAAGGCAGCUGCUCCAGGAGAGAGCACACAUUGGGUUUAAGUCUGAGAAGUGAAGAGAUACUGUGGAACAAGUGUGGUCUCAGAAAGAACAAACAGGAUGCAACAAAAGCAAGAACAUCAAGCAGCGCUUCACGUGAUAGACAUUCUAUAGGUACGGGUCUAGAAGAGCAAAUGAGUGAAAUCAAAGAUGGGGUCGUGCCUAUGAUGUUACAGUCAUGGAGCGCAUCAUCCAUCAGUGCUGGUCAGCAACCCACUUUGGAUUUCUCAAGUGCACACAGCCAUUUCUCUAGUAGGCGUGGGACACCUUUGUCAUUUCAAUCUGGACAGCUAUCAAUGAAGCCAGAGGUUUUUUCCAAUAUGGGUAUGGAGAAUAUGUUUCCCACUUCACCUGGUAUAAAUGGAUUAAGACAUGGAAGCCUGUUUUCUGAAAGCAUCACCUCUUCAGCUCCAUUCAAACGUCAACUGUCACAGCAAAUGCUAGCAUCUCAGGGGAUUUCACCAUCACCCUAUGGAGGACUUUUCUCAUAUCCAUACCGCUACAUGGCAGCACCAGGUUCAGUCACACCAGCCCUUUCAUUCUGCACUGCAACCUCGUCGCACUCCAGAAACCAACGUUACAGCAACUCUCGACCAUGGGUGCGAUUCAGCCCUUAUCAGAUUCCCACAUCGAUCACCUCAAGCCAAAAUCUGCUAACAUCCAGACUGCCUGGUAGAUCACAAUCUGAGCGAGAGUCAACUCUGGUGUUUGACAAUAACAGCUAUCUAGUCAUAAGACCUAAUAAACCAAAUCCUCCAUAA